CACAAUCUUGUGUUUCUCUUCAAACAGCCUGUUUCGCUACUAGUGUCUGCUAAUGUCAAUUGAUGCGAUAUGUGUGCAUGGGCGCAUGGUUCUCGCAGACGCAGAACAACGCGAACCUGACAAACGCGUUCGUUGAAAGGCACUUUAAAUGCUAGCUCAUCCUCGUGUGGAUACAUGUAGCACCGUCGUAAGCUGUCAAAAAGCGUAUUAGUUAAGUUAGCGGACAACGCCGGUGAAGAUGCCUCAAAUCAGUGUGACUCCGCUGGGCGCUGGCCAAGAUGUGGGGCGCAGUUGCAUUCUGCUCAGCAUUGGUGGCAAAAACAUCAUGCUGGACUGCGGCAUGCACAUGGGAUUCAACGAUGAGCGACGGUUCCCAGAUUUCAGUUACGUCACUCAAGAGGGUCCCCUCAACGAGCACCUAGACUGUGUCAUAAUCAGUCACUUCCACCUGGACCAUUGCGGUGCCCUGCCGUACAUGACCGAAAUGGUGGGUUAUUCGGGUCCCGUUUACAUGACACACCCGACUAAAGCCAUCUGUCCGAUUUUGCUUGAAGACUUCCGUAAGAUCACCGUCGACCGAAAAGGCGAGACCAACUUCUUCACGUCUGCUAUGAUCCGCGACUGCAUGCGGAAGGUGGUUGCUGUCAACCUGCAUCAAGCAGUUCAGGUGGACGAUGAGCUGGAGAUAAAAGCGUACUACGCUGGACACGUAUUGGGCGCUGCGAUGUUCCGGAUUCGAGUGGGCUCCCAAUCGGUGGUUUACACUGGCGAUUACAACAUGACGCCCGACAGACAUCUUGGUGCAGCUUGGUUGGACAAGUGCCGGCCAGACCUGCUCAUCACCGAAUCAACAUACGCCACCACUAUCCGCGACUCGAAGCGUUGCCGUGAGCGCGACUUUUUGACCAAAGUGCACGACUGCAUUGAUAAAGGCGGUAAGGUGUUGAUACCUGUGUUUGCCUUAGGUCGGGCCCAAGAACUUUGCAUCUUGCUUGAAACUUACUGGGACCGCAUGAACCUUCGCGUUCCGAUCUACUUCGCUGUUGGGCUUACUGAAAAGGCUACCAACUACUACAAGAUGUUUAUCACAUGGACAAACCAAAAGAUCCGCAAAACCUUUGUGCAGCGAAACAUGUUCGACUUCAAGCACAUUAAGCCAUUUGAUCGAGCCUUCAUUGACAACCCAGGGCCCAUGGUAGUGUUUGCCACCCCUGGGAUGUUGCAUGCUGGGCUCUCACUGCAAAUAUUUAAAAAGUGGGCUCCCUUUGAGGGAAACAUGGUCAUUAUGCCAGGAUAUUGUGUGGCAGGCACUGUGGGCCACAAGAUUCUCAGUGGGGCACGCAAGGUAGAGCUGGACAAUAGGCAGGUGGUUGAGGUUAAGAUGUCUGUGCAGUACAUGUCCUUUAGUGCACAUGCUGACGCUAAGGGCAUUAUGCAACUCAUCCAGCAGUGUGAGCCAGCCAAUGUGCUGCUGGUCCAUGGUGAAGCAGGAAAGAUGGACUUCCUGCGCAAGAAGAUCCGGCAAGAGUUUGCCAUUGACUGCUCCAUGCCGGCUAAUGGUGAGACUGUGGUUAUUGAUACACCCGACACAGUGCCCGUUGAUGUAGCAGUGCCAUUACUCAAGCACGCACUGGGCUCGGACAGCAAGCGGCCCAAGCUUAUCCACGGGGCUCUUGUGAUGCACGAUCGUGGAGUGCGGCUGCUGGACUCGAGGCAGGCCAUGCAGGAGCUAGGUUUGACGAGCCACCAGAUACGAUUUACCACUACUGUGGCUUCUCCAAGAGCUGCAUUAGCUGAUGCACUGUAUACACGGCUCAGAGAUCGACUACCAGGUGUGCAGCUGCUGCCUGAUGGCUCUAUAGCUGUUGCCUCAGCGCUGGUCAAAGUUGGUGGGCAGGAAGAUGAUGCAGCUAGUAGGGCAAUAUGCGUGUCAUGGACUCUCCAAGAUGAAGACCUGGGAAGCCAUCUCCUCAGUCUGGUCCAGGAGAUGGCUACAAUGUGAGGUCCUAUAUGAAGUGAAACUGGGUGCAGUGGCUUAGUGUGAAUCUGGUUAUUGUUACUGUGAAGAGGACCAAUUUGAAUACCAGAUUCUGUACUUGUUGACUUUUAUUUGUGUAUAUUUAAUUUAUCAGUGACCAUGUAAUGGAGUGAUGCCUAAUCCUCGUUUUUCUUUUCUUUCUUUUGUGUACUGUUAAUACUUGCAGAUUAAAAAAGAAACAAUGCCUGAGUGA